UUCAACUUCCUCUUGAACUUGCAUAUGAGCAAUUGAUGGUCUGUUCCACAGUCGACCCCAGGCCUUGUUAUUGGGAGGGACCAGUCCCUGGAGAAGGACAACAUGUUUGGUAAAACAGAGGGUCAGUGAAAAAGAGGAAGACCUUCAAUGAGAUGAAUCAACAUAGUGCCUGCAAAAAUGGGCUCAAACAUAGCAAUGAUUGUGGCGAUGGUACAGGACAGGGCAGUGUUUUGUUCUGUUGUACGUAGGAUCACUAUAAGUCAGAACCAACUCCAUGGCACCAAACAACAACAAUUAUGUGCCAGUCACUGUGAUAGACACUGAGGAUAGAGAAAAGGUAAAGAGAGCUCUGACUAAUGCCUUCUCAGUUUAAUGGAGGGGAGAGAUGAUUUUAAGAAGCAGUAAUGGCAAAUGAAAGAAAGAAGCACUUGAAUGGGGGUGGGUACAAAGUUCCAUGCAUUCUCCCUGAGACUGAUGGGAAGGCUACCCAGAAGCAGUGACACUUGAGGUGUGACUUGAAGGAGGAGUAGAAGUUUGACACUCCAUUCAGGAAGCAGAGAGAUUAAAAAUCAGCAUUUUGAGAAAUGAGUGAGCUUUCAAGCCACACCUAGAUGAGUAACAGAGGGUGAGGCUACAAAGGAAGGUGGGGCCAGGUUUUGAGGAGCUUUGUCUGCUUCAUGGAAGAGUUAAAUAAAACACUAUACCCAUUGCUGUUGAGUCAGUUUCAGCUCAUGGGGACCCUCUGUGUUGCAGAGUAGAACUGCUCCCUGGGGCUUCAUGGAAGAGUUAGGACUUAACUUUUUACACCCUGGACCACUGGAAAAGGUUUUUCAACAGGAGACUGACACCUGCAGAAGUGUUUUUUAUAAAUGCCAUUCUGGCAUUGAUGUGGAGGACAGAAUUGUGGAUGGCUGGGGACAUUGUUAGAAGACUGUUGCAACUUUCAUAGCAGAAGGGAUGAGGACUUGAGCUAAGGUCAUGGUGGCAAGAGUAGAUGAAAGAAGGCAGCAUUGAAAGAGUCCAUAUGAAUGGCUGUAGAAGUAAGGGAGAGAUCAGUUUGGGCAACUGAGUGAUGAUGCCAGUAGCAAAGAUAGGGAAACAGGUUAUACCUCCACCAUUCCACCUCUUUAAACCAGACCCAUUCUUGUAGACUUAACCCAAAACCCCUGUCCUUAAUGUGCCUUUUUCUGCCAUCAUUGCCUCCUAAAGUGUUGAGCUUGUCCUAGAAUGGCUAUUCUGAGAGUCUGCGGUGGAUUGUCAUUAUUUCAUGUGUGUUAGUAUUAUUUCCUGAACUAGACUGUAGGACUGUCUUUAUUGGGUCCCACAUCUCAUGCUUCUCUGGUAUUAAACCUAGUCCCUAUCUCACAAUGUUAGGCACUUAUUAGGCCUUGUGUACAACAGGACAAUUGUGUGUGUGUGUGUGUGUGACAGUGGGGCCUACUGUUGUGCUUAAAAAUGAAAUCUUAAAUAUAAAAUAGAUGUAAAGUGGAUCUGCUCUCGUUAAUGCGUGGGUAGAAGGCCCAGGUUUCACUUUGAUGACUAAAGUGUGCCUGACCCAAGCCAUGGUCCUUUCGGUUGCUUCUUAUGCAUGUGAAAGCUGGACAAUGGAAAAGGAAGGUAGAAGAUGAAUUGAUGUAUUUGAAUUGUGGUAUUGGUGAAGAAUAUUGAAUAUACCACUGACUGCCAGAAGAAUGAACAAAUCUGUCCUGGAGGAAGCAUAGACAGUUUACUCCUUAGAAGUGAGGAUGGCAAGACUUUGUCUUGCUUCCUUUGAACCUGUCAUCAGGAAAGAUCAAUUACCACAAAAGGACAUCAUGUUUGGUAAAGUUGAGGGCUGACGAAAAUGAAGGAAACCCUCCUUGAGAGGGAUUGGCAUAGUGGCUGCAAUGUUGGGCUCAAACAUCUGAAUGAUCGUGAGGAUAAUACAGGAAAAGGGAAAUGUUUCAUUCUGUUAUGCGUGAGGUUACCAUAAGUUGGAGCCAACUUGAUAGCAGCUAACAAAAACAGAAGGUCUAGAAUGCAGGACCUUUGGUCUUCUGCUCCAAGCAGCAACUCUCAAGUAUCUAGGGCUCCAGGAAACACAGUUAGAAAAUAUUUGGCUUGGUGGAUUUAUCAUGGGUUUUGGAGUCAGACAGACCUGGGUUUGAACCUUGCUGUCACUUACUUAGCUGUAAUAGAGUAGACAAAUAAGGAAACUGCUCUGAGCCUCAGUUUCUCCCUCUGUAAAAUGGAGAUAAUAGUGCUUUCUUUGUAGAGUCAGCAGAAAGACUAAGUAAGACAAUGCAUGUAAAAAUCUCUGGCACAAAUUAAAUACCCAAUAAAUCAUAGUUCUUAUACGUAAAUCACAAAACAUUUGCUAACUGAAUGAGUAUCUGAUCCUUAUUGAAUUGGUACUUGUUCAGUCUAAAUAAACUCACUCAUCCUCAGGUUAAGAAAAGUAAAGUUUGAGGGUGAAUACAUGGGUGACUCGGGGUUUGGGAGGAGAUUGAAUCUUGUCUGAUGCUCCAUCCACUCCAUAAACCCACGAUCACCUGCCUUUUCAUGAAGGUCCAUCAAUAUUUAAUUUGUGGGUGUCAGUUACUGUAAACUGAGUAUACCCCAGCAUCAACUUGAAUUAAUUAUAUGCAUGCGGACAGAAAAUAAAAUACCUUUUUCUCGGAGCCCCAAGUUUCACUGGCUACACCGAAUUCUGGAAACCAGAGGGUGAAUUUUCUGCUGAUGGAGGACCCUGAGAAGAAGCUGAACCAGAAGAGUGACAGCAAACCCCGGAAAGUGCGGUUUAAAAUCUCCUCCUCCUACAGUGGCCGAGUGUUGAAGCAAGUCUUUGAGGAUGGGCAGGAAUUAGAGUUGCCAAAGGAGGAAUACCCUCACAGUUUUCUCCAGGAGUCCCUCGAACCAACGGAUGGUGUUUACGGGUCUGGGGAAGCCCCCAAGCCCCAACCGUACUCUCCUAAAUUAACUGCUGAAAGGAUCAGCGUGUUCAGAGAGGGCAGUGCCUACACCUUGGCAGGCAGCCAGUCUCUCUUCAAUGAUUACAAGAUGAAUGACCAUAAGCCCCCACCUAUUAUAGAUUUUGGAAAGAUAAUCAUCUACACGAAUAACCUGAAAAUCAUUCGAACUCCACUGGACAAGAGAGACUUCAUGAGGAACAUUCUCCAGAAGGAAGAGGAGGCUGAGGAAGAGUCUCUGAUGAACAAAGAAGAAAUCUACGGAGACAGCAACCAGAAUGAUGGGCCUUUGCCAGAAACGGAAAGCACAUUCCCUGAUAACCAGUACGCACAGGAAGGGGUGCUUCCUGAGGACAACUGUUUUCACUGCAGAGGGUCGGGCAGUGCCACCUGCUCUCUGUGCCACGGAAGCAAAUUCUCGAUGCUGGCCAACAGAUUUAAGGAGUCCUACCGGGCGCUGCGGUGUCCUGCCUGCAACGAGAAUGGCCUACAGCCUUGCCAGAUUUGCAAUCAAUAG